AUGAAGCUCGAGCCCCAGUCACAGCCUUCCAUCAUCUCCAUCACCACACAGAAGCGCAAACGCUGCGCAGACGAGCAGACCGACCCAGCCAUCACGUCACCAACCAAGAAGCUCAAAACAUCAUUAAACUGCGCCCGAGUCACCACCGAAAAGCCUACAAGUACCAGUCGCAACACCCCCAGCUCAAAGUCCACCCUCAUCCCCCGCGGCCCCCGCAAAAAAGCCACCCUCGGCGUCAAAGACUCAUCCCUCCUCCUCAUGCUCUGCGACAGCAGCACGACCCCGCGCAAAACAACCGAACUACACUUCCGCAAGAUCCCACACUCCCUCAUCGACUGGCACAACCCCCAACACAUCUCCCAGAUAAACGCGUGGCGCAACCAGAUCUACGGGCGCGCCGGCCUGAAAGCUCGCUCGGUGAGCCUCUGGUACGAAGCCGAGGAACUGUGGUUCGAGCUCUACUUCCAGCUCUCCAUUGUUGAGUCAAGGAAGCGCGGGAUCAUGCUUCCGGGAAGUAGACAGGUGCGCGAGGCGUUUAAUAAGACGUUUGUGGGGAGGGUGAUUAAGGGGAGGGGUGGAGAGGAUUUGGAGCCGAGGGUGGAGCGCGAGGGGAAUGCUUUUGCAUCGAAGUUCAAUCGCAUGUUCCCGGUGUUGAGGGCGAGGUUGAAUGGGUGUGUUGCGGGGAGGUCGGGGGAUGUGUUUGUGCCGGUUAUUACGUUUGGGAUGAUGGAGAGGUAUAGGGUGAUGAAAGGGCAUUUGGCGGAGAGGGGGAUUGAGACUGAGUCGGAGUAUGCGGAUGGGCUGGAGGAGUGGCGGUGGUUUCUGUCGCAUCUGCCAGAUGUCGACAUGCAGACUGUCCUCAAAGAGGACGAGGUCAGGGAGAUGGAGGCGAAAGAGCUCGAUGCUGUUGCUGCUUUGGUCAGGCUUGCCAACUCGCCAGUUGACUCUAGGUGUGACUAG